AUGCAUUUUGAGCCAGAAUGUCUUUAAAAAUCUGUUGAAUUUGCAUACUAAAAGGCUUGCAACGGAAGUAAAGAACCAUCAAUUUAAAUUGCAAGGCAAUAAUGAUACAACUUAAAUGAAAUUCAUUUGGCAGUUUCUUGAAGGAAUCUAACGAAUGCUUGUAUUCUGAUGGAACUUGAUGUCCUUUCUCCCACAAUAAAGUUGGAAACUCAGAAUACUCUUUGUAUGCUUACACAUCACUGUAGUAAGCUACACUAUCUAUAUUUCAGAUGCCUUACCUUAAUACACGGUGGAUUGAAUAAAAGGGUUUCAAGUAAUGUCAACUUUCCAGAAAAAAUUAUCACAGUGAUCACAUUUCCAACAUUUUGCAAGCUAAUUUGUGUUCUCUCUCAGGAGAUCAACAUAUGGGAAGGUGAAUGGUGCAUUCAUUAGUUUGAGAAAACGAACUAUAAUAGAGUUCAAAUCUAUGUGUAUAACUUAUGAUUGUUUGUGAGGCUUUUGUUACUAUCAAUUAUACUCUCAUAAUACUAAAUUGCCUGAAUAUAGUGGUCUUAUUCUCUAGUGCAGGAUAUGCUAUGUGCUGUUGCUGAAAUUGCAAGCAACAGAAUACUUUUAAUUGAGAAUUAUGAUAAGAAGAAAAAGGAGAGAACGGCUGGUCUCAUGCAGAUUGCCCCCGAAGUCGCAGAAUGGCUUGCUAGGGAAAUGGGGUACAGAAAUUACGAAGUAGAGGGCGAUCCAAUGUUGCUGUACAAGCCUUUUGUGAAUGUGUACUUCGGUGCUGCUUACAUAAAAUGGCUGUCCUCUUCUGAUGGAAAAGAAAGAAGCGAAGAAUUUGUUAUCAGAGCUUAUAGAGGAGGCAUAAAGAAGGCUACUCACAAAUCGACAGCAGAUUAUUUCCAAAGAUAUCUAUCAGUCAGAGACAGUUUACUUGCUAAGAGAGCAGAAGAAAUUUAUGACGAUAAUCCAUUAGCAUCUGACGGUCUAAGGGCUCGUAUGCUAAAGGCAGGUGAAGAAUGCACAUUCUGGGACUCGGCAGUAUCUGCAGAAGACAUGGAAGAAAUGUGGAAGCAUCCUGAUGUUCUAAAGGAGUGGGCAAAAUCCGGCGAAAGGCGUGGGAGAGUUCGUUUCUCCCACGACUCAGAGAAGCGGCCAUAUCUUUCUCGAGUUGAGGUGAAGGCAGUUGCUGAAAUUAUCAUUUCACGGCACUUCAGUUCAAGAGGAGUAAAACCUACAGCUCUAGCCGCGCUUGCCGAGGUAUGCAGUAUGAGGUUUGUUAACGGAAUACGCUCACGGACCGGCUUAAUGGGAAUCGACUAUCCUACUGCUCUCUGGCUUUACAAGGACGUCGGUUGUAGGGCAUAUAAAGUCACUUCGGUGGAUGAUCUGUACAACCCGUUCGUAUCCAUGUACUUCGGCGCGGCCUACUUGGCGUGGCUUUCGGAAUAUGAGGGGAGGGAGAGGAGCCACGAAUUCAUCGUUCAAGCUUAUCUCGGCGGCCCUGAAAACGUCAACCUUCAGGAGACCGGCCCGCUGUGGAACAAAUUUCAAGAAGCAUUGAGUUAUUACGGAGAUUCGAAAAAGGAUCAAGGGAGUUGCUGCAUUCUUUGAGGCGCAUCUGCUUCCGGUCUCGCAUUGAUUUUCCUCUCAACAAGCUUAGGCUUCUUUUCGCAUCCAGGGAUGUUUGGUCGAGGAUCAGAAUACAAGCGCGUGGGUAUUCUCUGUCGUCGUCGAAAAACGUGUUCUAUCGAGUUCGUCUAUCUCUUGUAAGUGCUUUAAAAUGCGUAAUUCUCAUUGUUACCAUAAAUUUAUGAAAGUGAGAGAGUAAAAACAGUGAGAUAUCCUGGAUAUCUUUAACACUAAAACUAUGGUAUAUAUUUUUUGGGCAAUGUUAUGUACAUUUAUAUACUAUAAACCCUCUCAAUUAUAGGCUUUUUUCCUCUUUUCAUAAUGGCCCCCGCAACUUUAUUUAUUUACUUAUUUAUUUUUUAUUUGAGUUAUUAUGUUAAGUUGAAAGUGAUUGAACUCAUUUGAGUCUAAUAAAAUCAUCCAGUUCAAGGAAAUAUGUGUGGAUGAAAAAAAUAAAAUAAAAUAAAAGUCGAGGGGCCAUUUCGAAGAGCGCGAAUAGUCGAGGGGGAUCUCUGUAAAAUUUUACCAAUGUAUAUUGUUUUUAAAAGUA